UGGGUGUCAGCAUUUCCAGGGGCACACCUGACUGAUGACAGAUAUCUAGACGGAAAUUUGGAGUGGUUCCAGAAGGUACCAAGACAGAGCCUCCCCAUUGCCAGCUGUUUUCAGAAAACAGAAGAAAAUGCUCCAGGGCCAGGAGUCCCUGACAUUUGACGAUGUGGCUGUGGACUUCACAUGGGAGGAGUGGCAGCUCCUGGUCCCCGAGCAGAAGGACCUGUACCGGAACGUGAUGUUGGAGAACUACAGCCACCUGGUGUCAUUGGGGUAUCAAGCCUGCAAACCAGACAUGCUCUCCAAGUUGGAUCGAGGAGAAUCACCGUGGACAAUGGCAGAUGAAGUCCACUAUUGGACACGUUCAGAAAUCUGGAAAGAUGAUCAUCUGGAGCACUUGCAAAAUGAAAGGAUGGAGAAUAACCUAGAGCAAUGGCAUGAAUGUAACACAUUUGAAAAUUCUGUCCAUCAGAGCAAAACUCAUUUAACGUUAAGGCAAGAUCAUGAUAUGUUUGUCUCACAUGGAAAAAGCAUGAAAUCAGAUUUAACUUUACUUAACCAGAGAAGAAGCUGUGAAAUAAAGAACCCCGCUGAGCUUAGUGGAGAUGGGAAAUCCUUUCAUCAUGCUAACAGUGAACAAUUUCAGACUGCAGUUAAAUUCCCUGAAAGCCGAAAACUCAUUAGCACUAAGUCCCAACUCAUCAAGCAUCAGAAGACUCAAAAAGUAAGGAAACGUCAUGUAUGCAGUGAAUGUGGGAAAGCUUUCACGAAGAAGUGUUUGCUCACUGAUCACCAGAACCUUCAUACAGGAGAGAAGCCCCAUCAAUGUAGUCUGUGUGGGAAAGCCUUUUCCAGAAAGGUCACACUUAAUGAACAUCGGAGAUCGCACACAGGAGAGAAACCUUACAAAUGCACUGAGUGUGGCAAAGCCUUUCUCAAGAAAUCACGGCUCAAUAUACAUUACAAGAUACACACAGGAGAGAAACCCUUUAUAUGCAGUGACUGUGGGAGAGGCUUCAUCCAGAAAGGGAACCUCAUGGUACAUCAGCGGACUCAUACAGGUGAGAAACCUUAUAUAUGCAACGAAUGUGGAAAAGGCUUCAGCCAAAAAACAUCCCUCACAACACAUCAGAGAUUUCACACAGGAAAGACACCCUUUGUGUGCAGUGAAUGUGGAAAAUCCUGUUCUCAGAAAACAGGUCUCAUUAAACAUGAAAGAAUUCACACAGGAGAGAAACCCUUUGAGUGCAGUGACUGUGGGAAAGCCUUUAUCGGGAAGCCACAGCUUGUUGUUCAUCAGAGAAUUCAUACAGGAGAGCGACCCUACAGAUGCAGUGAGUGUGGGAAAGCCUUCAGAGCGAAGUCGGUCCUCAAUGAACAUCAGAAAAUUCACUCAGUCAAGGUAGAAAACCCUCUCACAGAGAGCCACAGCUCAUCACAGAGCAGUGGUCUGCAGGAGAAAAACCUUGUUAAUACGGUGACUGUGCAGGUGCCGCCUGUGGCCCCUCACACAGCAUUAAACAUCAGUGGGUUCCCAGCCAACAGGAAUGUAGUCAUAGUGGGCCAGCCCGUGGCCAGAUGUGCACCCUCAGGAGGAUUUGCACAGGACAGAAACCUGAAUGCAGUGAGUGUGGUCACGCCUUCAGUGAUCAAUUACGUCUUAUUUUAUGUUACAGCAAACCAGUAGGAAAAAACUGAGAGACACUUUCUGUGUGUAAAAGGCUUGAGCAAAAGUUUCUAGCUCUCACUGUCUGAGAAGUCAAUACUGAGAAAAAGUGUGAAAUGCUGAGACUUGGAAAGCCUGAUAUCCUAUUAAAUGUAUGCAUUGAUACGGAAGCAUAAUCUGAUGUUAACUCAAACACAUACAUCAGUUGCUCUGUUGUGGCAAAGGAAUGAAAGAAUUGAGUGAAGGAAAUAAAUGAAUGUUUAAAACAUAAU